AUGUCUACAACAGGUUAUUGUAAUGAGUCAACAUGCACUGAAGGAUCAACAAAAUUAUAUGAAUGCCAAUGUUGUAGUCAAUUUGUUUGCUCACAACAUCGAUCGCUACACUUCAUGGCUGAUAUGAUCAAAAAAGCAGACAAAAUGGUACAUGAUUUUGUGUCAGUCUCAAAUGAAUGUAUACCUGAAAUUGUUAGAAAAAAUCAACAAGGUCAACAUGAACAACAAUUAGUUGAUCAAACAAUUUCAUUAAAUAGAGAAGGUGGAAUAAUUAUCAACGUUGAUUUACCAACAUCAUCUGAUAUUAUUUCACCACCAGAAAAUGUGUUGCCAGCACCUGAAGAUGUUUUACCACCAAUUAAAUCCACAAUUAAGCGUAAAUCACCAGAUGAAACACAUGAAUUAAGAACAUCAAAACGCUUAAAAGCUAAAAAGGAGUCAACCGAAAUGGAUGAUCAAUUCAAUACUUCUCGUGUUGAAAAAAGUUUUGUUAAACAAUGUCCAUUAACAGCUGAUGGUGCUUUUGGACUUUUUACAACUAAACAUCAAAUCGAUUUGUGUUUACCAGGUCGAACUUACACAAAUUUAUUGUCUCAUUUAAAAGACAAACAUAAACUUAAAAAAGAUUAUGCUAAGCUUUUACAUGAUGCAAUUGAAAAUGGUAAUGAUCCUGGAAAUACAACAUUAUUUGAUGUAAAUGAACAAAUAAUUGAUCAUGAUCGCUUCAUUCAAUGCCCCCUUACGAAUGAUAUGAUUAAUUUAAUUGAGUGUCGUCCAGAAUUAUUUAAAAAUAUGCCAUGUCAAAAACAUGUAAUGAAUGAAAAAGUUCUACAACGACAUUUACAAUUACAUCAUGGACUUACAUCUACAAUGGCUACACAAAUUUAUGACGCCUACAAAACAAAACUUAAAAAAAAUUGUAUUUAA